GCUGCAGGCGAGCGCGGAGCGGCAGCCCCGGCGCAGAGCAAGGUGCUGCCGCUGCCCAGCUGGCGAGGGCGGAGAGGCGUCCGCGAAGCCCCGGCCGCAGCGGCCUCAGCCCGGCAGCGCGGCGGCUCCCUCCCGGCGCUUGGGCUCCCGGGUGUAUGUGUGCGUCUGGCCAUGUCGUAUCCUCAGGGUUACUUGUACCAGCCGUCAGCGUCCUUGGCUCUCUACUCCUGUCCGGCGUACAGCACCAGCGUGAUCUCCGGACCCAGGACCGAUGAACUUGGGAGAUCUUCUUCGGGCUCCGCUUUUUCCCCUUAUGCCGGAUCUACCGCCUUUACCGCCCCUUCCCCGGGUUACAACUCCCACCUCCAGUACGGCACCGACCCGGCCGCCGCUGCCGCCGCCGCCUUCACUUCCUACGUGGGCUCGCCCUACGACCACACGCCGGGCAUGGCCGGCUCCCUGGGGUACCAUCCGUACGCGGCGCCGCUGGGCUCCUACCCCUACGGGGAUCCCGCGUACCGCAAGAACGCGACGCGGGACGCCACGGCCACCCUCAAGGCCUGGCUCAACGAGCACCGGAAAAACCCCUACCCCACCAAGGGCGAGAAGAUCAUGCUGGCCAUCAUCACCAAAAUGACCCUCACCCAGGUCUCCACCUGGUUCGCCAACGCACGGCGGCGGCUCAAAAAGGAGAACAAAAUGACCUGGACCCCGCGGAACCGCAGCGAGGACGAGGAGGAGGAGGAGAAUAUCGACCUGGAGAAGAACGACGAGGACGAGCCCCAGAAACUGGAGGACAAGGGGGACCCUGGGACGCCAGAUACAGGAGCGGCAGAUUCCAAAGCAGCGCCGGGCUGCGAGCGCCUCCAGGAGUCCCCCGGUCCCCGGGAGGCCGAGGGCGGCCUCAGCGACUCGGAUUGCAAAGAGCCGGCGGAGGAGCGGCUCGACGGGCCGUCCGCUCCUCAAACGGCGCCUGGCGCUUCCCCGCUGGGGCCGUGUCCGGUGGGUCGCGGGCCGCCACCGGUGGGCGGCGAGGAGCCCCCGCCGUACCGCCCGCCCUCCGCCGCUGCCGGGCCGCCGCACGCCGCUGACUUGCACCCGCUGUUGCCCGCCGCCGCCGGCGCCUCCGUCAUCCACUCGCCGCAGCAAGCGGCCCUCGCCAAGCCCAAGCUCUGGUCCCUGGCCGAGAUCGCCACCUCGGCGGACAAGGCGAAGGAGAACGGUGGCGAGCCGGUUCCCCCCGGCCCCGCCGUGCUGUGCGGCGGCGGCCCCUCGCGCUCUCCGCCGCGGCCGCGCUCGCCGGCGCCGCAGUGCCCGUUCCCCAACGGGGCGGUCCUGCCGCGGCCGCUCUACUACACGGCUCCCUUCUACCCCGGUUACACGAACUACGGUUCCUUCGGGGCCCUGCACGGGCACCCUGCCGGCGGCCCCGCCGCUGCUGCCCCCGGCGCCCACUUCAAUGGAUUAAACCAGACUGUCCUCAGCAGAGCCGAGAGCCUAGCUAAAGACACUAAAAUGAUCAGGAGCCAGUCCCAGGUAGACCUUUGCAAAGACUCAUCUUACGAACUGAAGAAAGCGGGCAGAUAGGUGCAUGGCUGCGGCAAUCCCGCACGCUGUAAAGAGUCGCGGGGCUCCGUUUAGGACCUUACAGUAGCACCUGAGCCUUUUUCAAAGGGACUGACGGUUUCUAAGAGGAACACGGGGAGCGGCGGCACCGGGACGGGAGGGACGCCGUUUCCGGAGACGAAGCUUCAAUCGGGCCAUGCACAAAGGCACUUGUUAGAAACACCAACCCGAAGCGCAGUCCCAUCUUUUAACCUAAUUACUUCCAAUCAGUGUCGCGUUUUAUGCAAAGCAAUCAGCUGGUGAACUUUGCUAAUGAGUUCGAUUUUCUGCCAGAUUUAGCCCGCGCCGCUGCUGCCGAGGUGCGGCGGCCGGAGACGGGGAUUGCACGGCCAAAGGCCCUCGAUGCGGCGGGGGACGCCCUGGUCCCGGCCCCUUCCCCCCCUCCCCGCCCCCGCCGUUUUGCACCGUUGCCCCCAGCCCACGGGACGGCGCGGUCCGGGCGGCCAUCCGCGGCCGCGCAGCCCUGGCCGCGGGCGCGGUGCUUCCCGGCGCUGGCAGUCGGGAAGACCUGCAGGAAGGCGCUAUUCUCAGCGCAGCAGUAAGAAUUGCGUAUUGGAGUGCCCUGCCUUGUUUAUAACGGGAGAAAGUUGGCGUGGCCGGGGCAGGAGCAGUCCACUGGCGCAGCUGCGGGUCGCCUCCAGCCGGGCCCCUCGGCCCGGCGCUCCCGGCGGGAUCGCCUCAGCUUGAACUCGGCAAAGCUCCCAGCGCCCUGAGCUCCAGGGAGCCGGCCGAGCCCCUCCGGACCACACUCGGGCACAACAGGUCCCGCAGCAGAACGGCCCCUCGAAAUAAAUAGGGUUUAAUUAU